AUGGUCGAUUCCGCCACACCAGCACAGACAGACCAGCCCCGCGUUGCACUCAUCACUGGCGCAGCCCAGGGCAUUGGACGCGCUAUUACGCUGCGGCUCGCAGAGGACGGACUGGACAUUGCCAUCGCUGACUUGAAAUCACAGCGCACGAACCUCGACGGCAUCGCGGAUGAGGUAAGGGCGAAAGGGAGGCGGUGUCUCGUUUUGGAGUGUGAUAUUUCACAAGAGGAGGAGGUCCAGCGCAUGAUGCAGGCUACAGAGCAAGAGUUCAACAGUUUGGACGUCAUGGUAGCGAAUGCCGGACGAAUCGUUGUUAAGCCUGUGGUUGAUUCUACCCUCGUCGAUUUUGAUGAGGUCUUCAACACCAAUGUGCGCGGGACAUUUCUCUGCUUGCGUGCUGCAGCGCAAACUAUGAUCAAGCAGGGGCGUGGCGGGAGGAUCAUCAGCGCGUCGUCGGUAUUAGGAAAGAAAGCCAUGCCGUUCAACAGUAUCUACAGUGCAUCAAAAUCUGCCAUUCGAUCAUUCACACAGGCGCUCGCGAGUGAACUCGGAUCACACGGCAUCACCGUGAACGCCUACGCUCCUGGACCAGUUGAUACUCUUUUCAUGCGAGGCUCUGCCGAAGACUUUGCGAAACAGGUAGGGCUUCCUGAUGGCAAGGCAUUUAUCCAAAAUUACCAAACGAAUGUGGCGCUGGGGCGGAUUGGAACGCCCGAAGACAUUGCGAACAUAGUAUCGUUCCUCGCAGGCAAAGACUCUGCCUUUAUCACUGGGCAGACGAUCACAGUUGACGGGGGAUUAUGGAUGGAUUGA